AUGUCAUCUGAGGACAAGUACGAGACUCUGGAGAAGAUUGGCCAUGGCUCAUUUGGCGUGAUCCGCAAGGUUCGUCGUAAGACGGACGGCUUCAUCAUGUGCCGCAAAGAAAUCUCGUACCUUCGAAUGUCCCAAAAAGAGCGAGAACAGCUGCAUGCCGAAUUCCAAAUCCUCUCCCACCUCCGACACGACAACAUCGUCGCUUACUACCACCGAGAGCAUCUCAAGGCCAGCCAGGAUCUGCACCUUUACAUGGAGUACUGUGGCAACGGGGACCUCGGUCGGGUCAUCAAGGACCUGCAACUAAGAGGGCAGCGAGCCCAGGAGAGCUUCGUAUGGAGCAUCUUUAGCCAGCUGGUUCUUGCAUUGUACCGCUGUCACUAUGGCAUCGACCCCCCGGAAGUCGGCACGAAUAUUCUCGGUCUCACUCAGGGCGUAGCGUCCGCGCCAAAGACUCCUGCUGGAGCAAUGACAAUCCUUCACCGGGAUCUCAAGCCCGAAAACGUCUUCCUAGGCGAAGACAACUCAGUCAAGCUUGGCGACUUUGGUCUGUCAAAGAUGAUCAAGUCUCAAGAUUUCGCAUCCACCUAUGUUGGAACCCCAUUUUACAUGUCUCCCGAAAUCUGCGCGGCCGAGAAAUACACACUCAAAUCGGAUAUCUGGGCGCUAGGCUGCAUAAUCUUCGAACUCUGUGCCAAGGAGCCCCCCUUCAACGCAAAGACACACUAUCAGUUGGUCCAGAAGAUCAAGGAAGGCAAAGUGGCACCUUUACCUGACAUAUACUCCCCGGAGCUGAACCAGGUUAUCCGAGACUGCCUCAAGGUGAACCCUGACCGGCGACCGGACACAGUUCAACUAUUGAACCUGCCUGUAGUACGACUGAUGAGAAAGGAAAAAGAGGUAGUCGACUUGAACAAGUCUUUCAAAUCCAGAGAGGAGAUACUUCGCCAGAAAGAACGGGAGUUGAACGAUCGACUGGUUGCCUUUGAAAGAGAAAAGCAGAAGAUCCGAGAGGACGCGGACGCUUCGCUUCGCCUCGAGUGGGAGGUCAAGGCACGACUGGAGAUUGACCGCCUUGUCAAUGCCGAGCUGGAGAAUCUGCAAAAGAAGUUUGAAGGCGAGGUCAAGGCCCGGGUCGACGCCGAACUGGCGAAGAAGGCCGUGACCUUUGCUGAGAAGGAGGAAGAGAAGCACAUUGACGACUAUGCCUCGUCUGUCAACAAAUCAGACUACCCCCAUUCAUCGAUUGGACCGAGCGGAGACGAGUAUCCUUCAACGACGGACAUUAGCGAAUACUCGAUGGAUAGCCCCGACACAUCCAAGGAAGCGAAGAAGCCGGCCCGAACGCCGUUUGCCCGGGCCCAGACCAUGUUUGCUGGGCCGCCGGGUACACCGAUGGAUAUUGAGAUGGCAUCGCCAAGCCCGAUUGCCAUUGCCUCAUUAUCACUGUCGCCUCGUCGCAACGGUGCCACCAAGCCCCCGGUCGCCAAGCCAGGCAACAUCUUUGCCGCAGCGGCUGCAGCCACUGCUGCCGGAAGUGUAGAUGCACGAUGGGAACUUCACCGCGAACCUAUCCUGGUCGACUCGGAUGACGAGGACAUCUGCCCCUCGCCCACGAGGCACAUCAAGUCGUCCAAGAACCCGUUCAAGACACGGCCUAUUCUCUCUUCCCAAAAGUCGUGCCCCGUCCAACGCGCGAAACCAGCAGGCUCUAACAUUAAGGCUGCAGCCUCCCAGCCAGAUCUUAUUCCCCGUUCGCCUAGCCGAAGUCCAACAAAGAUCCCCGUCGCCAACUCGAGCGACGCACCGGCAGCCGGACCGGCAUCAUCGGCGCGCGAAGCACUCUCACGUGCCCGGUCGGUGAAGAAGGACGCCUCUGCCGUGACCUCCAGCAACAGCAGCAGCGGAGGCGAGUCGCUGGGAAAGAUGGCGGCCAAGAACAACCUGCGCGGCCGGAGCCUCGUCGAGCUGCAGCAGGCGCGGGCCGGCGGUCGGCCGCUCAGCGCGGCGGGAAGCGCGCCUGGUUCCGAGAACGUGAGCCCCAAGAGGGCUGCUGCUUUCCGUGAACGCAUGGCCGCCGAGCGUCGCGAGUACGAGGAUGUCGUCGCCGUCUGGGAUCCGGAAAGGGACGACAUGCCCAGUCCGUUCCUCAACCGUCGACGAAAUAUCAAGGUCUAG